ACCCUAUUCGUCAAAACACGUUAUGCAAUAUGGCCACCGUGGCUGUGCAAAACCUCUGCUUUCUACGCCACCAUCUCCACUCUAAAGUGACCUACAGCAUGCUUCGCUGUGCAAUUGUCACUGUGAGAGCUGCCUCAAGUGCAGCAAGCCAAAAGCCGAACUUAAAUGUGAGAGAAUGCUACAUGUUAUUAGGCCUUGAAGAAGGGAAAACUGGAUCGGUCGACGCGAGGGAAGCCUAUCUCAAACUCGCCAAGCAGUAUCACCCAGAUAGUGGAAAAAGCACAGCCGAUGGCGAGAGGUUUGCCAUGAUAGAACAUGCCUAUCGUGUGGUCUUGAUGAGUAUAGAGGAGGGAGAGUCUGCUCAGAAGCAAGAACAACAAGCAAAUUCUGAUGAAGAGGACAAGUUUGACAUUAGACAUACUGCACCACAACACAGGAGAUUCCUAGAGUAUGGUGGCUAUGGCUCUGGGACACCAUCAAUGCGUGAAAGGCAAUUCCAACAACAUAAAGUACAAAGUGCCAUUGACAAAGUCUUUGAGCACAAGACCAAGCAGUUUGGGUCAGAAGAGACAUCUAUCGCAGCAGCAGAGAAAAGAGCAAUUCGUAGAGCCAAGAUUUCUGGUGCCAUUGAAAGACUUGUAGAAGACCUCAUCCAAGAGUCAAUUUCAAAGGGAGAGUUUAAGAAUCUGCCAGGGAGUGGAAAACCUUUGAAGGAAGAUAAGAUUGCAGAUCCAUAUCUGGAUUCUUCUACAAGGAGACUGAACAAGAUUCUCAUAGACACAGGUUAUGUUCCAGAAUGGAUCGCAUUAGAGAAAGAGAUUCGGGAAGACAAAGAGAUUUUACGGGAAUUACUCCUGAAGAAAAGAACAAAACUUGGCCCCAUGCCAUUCUCCAAAGCCAGCGCACUAGUCUGGGAUAGAAAUCUGGACCAAUUCCAUGAAAGAGUGAAACUUAUUAAUGGAAAAAUUGACAAAUUAAACCUUGUGGUUCCAAUAAUGAACCGGCAGCAGGUCCAUAUGAAUUAUGAGAAAGAAGUUGAGAAAAUCUUGACAAAAUUUGGUAAUGGAGAUUUUGAGUUUACUAACUCUACUGAAAGCGACUUGAAUGAUAGCUCUGAAAAUUUUAUACCUGCUGAAGCUGGUUCAAGUGCACAGCUAUUUCGCACAGUAUGGAGAUUGUUGCGUGUUACACUUUCUUCUUGGAAUGACAGACUUUUCAAGAAGGAAAGUACUAACAGAAGAGAAAGUUAAUUGAAAAAAAUGUUAUUUUAUGUGAUAUUUAUGUGUAGCAAUAAAUUCUUCUUAAUGAA